CCUCGCUUCCCGUUCUCUCCACCCAAAGAUUCCUUCGUGCAGCGUGCAUUCUUUCAGCUGCGCGAUCUUCAAUCAUACGAUCCGCCCUUUACCUUUCUCCGCAGAGAAGGCGAUAGCAUCCAGACCUUCAUCAUGGGCUCUAUGGAGCUCCCUCCCGAUGUGCUGGCAGAGUAUAUGGCCUGGAACGCCCUGCAGCAAGACAAGGCCAAGCGAUUCCAAGCGCUGUUCGUUGGCUUGCUCGGAGCAGCCAUGCUAGUCAAUCUGCUAAGCUACCUGGACCAUGAUUUGGACAUCAAGCGAGCGAAGAGAGCUGCGAAGACGGCCGAGAGUGCCUCAUUUGGCCAAGAGCGCGAGAGGGCAUCGACCAGCACGAUCGAAAGAUUUCUUAGAGCUGGUAUAGCUGCCUACCACAAGUACCUUGUCUGCACUUCGGUGCCGAUCUGGCACAUGAGUAUCAUGGAAUUGUUGAUCAUCACCAGCUACGCCGCGUGCAUGUUUGGCAUCCUCUUUGGAGACGCGCCCGACUUGAACCGCCCAGUGUACAGUCCUGGAUGGAGCAAUCGGGCAGGCAUCAUGGUCUUUGCAUCUCUGCCAUGGGUGGUCCUUCUUGCCGGCAAAAACAGCCCGAUCAUACUCUUGACCGGUCUGCCAUAUGAGCGUCUGAACAUCUUUCACAGGUACGCUGGACGGCUCACCGUUGUCCUUGCGUUGAUCCAUGGAGGUCAGAAGAUGUCGGCACUCGGUGGCGCUCGCCUGUCGAUGCCUUUCCUGCGCUGGGGAGUGGCGGGCUUGAGCAUGACCGUUGCCCUUCUCUGCACCUCUCACCGCUGGUCCAUGCGCGCAUCGUAUGAAAUCUGGUAUGCACUGCAUUUCUUGCUUGCUGUGGGACUGCUAACGUCGUUGUGGUACCACAUGCCCUCUCAACGAAAUUGGCUUUACGCAACGGUCGCUCUUUGGUGCUUUGAGCGCGCUGCGCGUCUCUUUCGUAUCGUGAUGUUCAACGGCCUGUUGCGGCUUCGCACCUCUCAGACUCAGCCCGUGCACGUCGAGAUCAUUUCAUCGAACAUGUUGCGUGUCACUGUUCAGAAGAGAGAGUUCCCAGCAUGGACGCCAGGGUCUCACGCCUACCUCCACGCCCCCUUCAUGAGCUCGUCCACAAUCUGGCCGCAAAGCCAUCCCUUCACCAUCGCUUCCAUACCUGCCUCUAGUCAAGCCGCCUUUCACAACACGGAAGAGAGCUCGGCUUCGACGCUCGCUGAUCACGACAGCUCAACUCCUAAUGACGAGUCUUCAGGGGGAAGCAAUGCGAAUUCCAUUGCCCUCAAGGUGCUCGACAGCGCCGAACCGCCCGCUUUCUCACUCUCGAAUGGCCAGCUCACCUUCUUCAUACGAGCGCGGACGGGCUGGACGCUGCAGCUGUAUAAGCACGUCGCGGCUCACGGUGGACUCGACAAGACCUUGCUUCUCGACGGUCCUUACUCAGCCGCACCGCCUAUCACUGCGGCUUACGACACCGUUGUAUUCUUUGCUGGAGGCAGCGGUGCCACUUGGACAACUACCAUGCUCCUCGGCCUGCUGGAACAAGCGUAUCGAGAACCGUCCAAGGUAUCAGUCCGCCGUGUCGUGUGGAUCUGGAGCCUGCGAGCGGACGAGCAAGCAUUGGCGCAAGCUUUGAUUCGCAACAUUCCUGAGCCACCGUCGCAGAUCGACCUAGACAUUCGGCUUCAUAUGACCGGCAAGCUCGACGGGCCAAUUCCACUCCGGAUUCAUGCUGCUCCCGUUACUUUCGCCAGACCCUACGUCGAAGCUGCGCUUCGCGACGUCAUCCAAGAUGCGCGAGGCAGAGUAUGGGUGGGCGCUUCCGGACCUGUCGGGCUCAUUGAUGCUGUGCGUCGCGCGGCUCGUCGCGCAGUGCAACCAGGCAAGGUCCUUCGAGGACAACUGGACGGUCAGAUCACCCUCCAUUUGGAGAAAUUUGGCUGGUAGCUAUCACGACUACUCUGGGCUUUCGCCGACUCUCACCAGAUCCGCCUAACCUCUCACCAAGCUUGGGCCCCCAACACAUCCACGCCGCUCACGAAACGUACAUACUCCGCUCG